AUGGGAUUCUUUUUGAGGGUGACCUCUGGCAGUGAAGCUGCAGACAGAGACCAGUGUCAGCUGCAAGAAGCCUGUCCUGUGGUGGAGGUGAGCGACUGCAGCCCCUCUGCAGAGGAGAGGGGCAGGAGGCUGGUCCAGGCGGCUGAGCGGGGGGCAGUGGGGGAGCUGAGGGCGCUGCUCGCCGCAGGGGCCGACGUGGGGGUGAGGGACGAGUUGGGGCGGACCGCCCUGCACUGGGCAGCGUGCAGGGGAGACGUCGAGGCGGCGAGGCUGCUGGUGGGGGCGGGGGCGGCGGUGGACGCCAGGGAUGACUUUCGGUGGACGCCGCUGCAUCACGCGACAUUCUGUGGCCAGGAAGAAGUGGCGGCUGCGCUGCUCGCCGCGGGUGCCGACAGGGGGGCCACAACUGGUGAUGGUGGUGGGCGGACAGCGCUGGACCUCGCCAGGCAGUACAACAGGAGGCGGCUGGUGGAGAUGCUGUCAUGA